AUGGCCAACAAGAGUUCCGCGUCGCGGUCUUUGGUUACUCCUAUGCUGCUCUUCUCCUGCUUCUGUCUGCUCGUGGGGGAUAUGCUGUUUGGCUAUGACACGGGCAGUUUUGGUGGCAUCCUAGCCAAUCCCGGCUUUCUAAAGCAGUUUGGCGAGUAUGAUCCCAGCACUCGGAGCUAUGCCCUCGACUCUGUCCACACAUCGCUCAUCUCGUCGCUCGCUUUUAUCGGAAAGUUUCUCGGGUGUUUCAUCGCCGGCCCAGCUAUUGAGAGAUUUGGUCACCGUGUGGUUUUCUUCGGUCUCUCCAUCAUUUCGUUCAUCGGCAUUAUCGUUGAGAUAACUGCUGCAGGCACCGGCGAAGGCUCCGGGCGUUUUGCACAGUUUGUCAUUGGUCGAAUCAUUGUCUAUAUCUCGGUUGGUCUUGUUGAAGUAGAUGUGACCACAUAUCAAGCAGAGAUUGUUCCGGCGUCUUUCCGCGGUCUCGUCGUGGUUUCCCUGCAACUCUUUCUGAAUGCUGGGAAUGUGCUUGCCACUGGCGUUAACAAAGGCUUCUCUACAAGCACAGAUUCUGUUGGAUGGAGGACUGUCACGGGUAUCCAGCUCAUCUUUCCGGCCCUCAUUAUAUUCUUUACAUUCUUUAUCCCUAACUCCCCUCGCUGGCUCCUCUCCAAAGACCGUGAGGAUGAAGCCAUCGUUGCCCUCCGCCGCAUCAGACCAAAAGCCGAUGCCACUGAAGGUAUUUGCGAAGCAGAGAUCCAGGCUAUCAAAGAGGCUCUUCAAGAACACGUCCGCAAAGGCCCCUGGCUCGAUGUCCUGCGCGGCCACAAUUUUCGUCGAACGAUGCUUGUCAUAGUUUAUUACUUUUUCCAACAGACCACUGGCCAAGCUUUCGUCUCUACCUACCAAACGACAUUCUAUAAACAAAACGGAUACGCCGCCAAAGCCUUCAUCUACCCCGUCAUUAACAGCUGUCUUGGCUUCGUCGCUGUCCUUCCAGCCAUGUACAUGGUCGACAAGCUCGGUCGUCGAAAAACUCUCUUUAUCACCUUCUUCCUCCAGGGCUUAUUUAUGUUUCUGUUGGCCGGUAUCGGCGAGAUGGCAUACAAGUCGUCUACUGAGAGUAACACCGUUGUGGCUGCAUUUAUGCUCUACUACAUUAGUUACAAUUUGGGAGGCGCCUCUAUUCCCUACCUACUUGGCACUGAGAUUCCUAAUGCCGCUAUACGUGAGAAGACACAGUCCUUGGGGACUUCGUGGAAUGUCCUGUGGGCCUUUGUGACCAACUUCGUCAUCCCAUACAUCAUCGACAAUAUCCACUUUCAGGUUGGAUGGGUGUUUGGCAGCAUCUCAGUACUGGCCUUUUUCUUCACCUUCUUCUUCCUCCCAGAGACCAAGGAUCGCGCGCUUGAGGAAAUUGACGCCAUCUUUGAAGUCAGGUUUAACCCUUUCAGCCCUGUUGACAUCCCAUAUUCCGGGGCCGAGCUUGGUGUUGGCCGCCUUGAAGGAGAGAAGAUUUGUGGAUCUGGUUCAAACAAUAUUGAUGACUAUAACGGCGGCAAGCAAGUUGUUACUCAUGUCUGA